ACUAGCUUCUUUGUUAUUAGAAGCGCGUAGCUUUAGGGAUUUCUGUAUGGUACCAGAAUAGGAGUGUGAUCCGUUUUAUUCUGAUUGAUGUCCUUUUGUACGAUUAUGUCUCAAUUAGGGAUCUUGUACGCUAAGCCCGAUAACUUCUUUGGACUGAUUUGGUAUUGGAACACGAGAUUGAUCGUCUGUGGCUUUCAAGACCACAAGCAUACAUAUGUGCAUGGUAUCACACGACAAGCAAACUCAACCAACUUUUAUAUUGCACAAAAAGGAGGAAACUGUUUAUAAACGGGUGUUGUAUUGACUCUUUUUUCAGUAUCGCUUUUGACUGUUUUAUAGAGAGCCUUUUGCUAGUCAACGAUGUACAUGACAUAUGUAAGCGGUCAGAUAUCGCUCCUUAUGGACGGCAAACCAUGGACUAAUCUAUCCGCUGACGAGGACAGCGAGGGCUUUCGACCUACCUGGCUUGUCCGUACAUCCGACAUGCAGCGUGUUCCAGGAACCGACGCUGUAGAUGGUUACUGUACUUUGUCAUACUCUUGGAAUUACUCGGGCGAUCUUGUUCAAGGCGAGGACGGAGAGUACGAAUGCGUUGACAAUGGACAUCACCAACUUAUAUACAAACCGAGUGAAGGCGCAUCAUUUUUCGAACACGAGAUACAGCAUGUCAAAUUCGAGCAGCUUGUCCAGCAAUUAUGCAAGGAUUUUGAAAUCAAUUAUAUCUGGUACGACAAGAUGUGUAUUGAUCAAAACGACAAGGUGGCCAAACAUUCCGAGAUCGAACGGAUGCACCAAAUUUAUCGUAGCGGGAAAUUCGCUGUUGCCAUGAUUCCUGAAAUGUCGGUUCCGGAAGGGGUGAAAGAAGUUAGCUGGACUAGCGGUAUUUUGAACCUACGACAUGUGAUCAAUGACGAAAAGUUCAAAGAGCGCAACACCAUUGAAAAUUGCCUCCAUGCCAUUUGCGACUCGCAGUGGUACAAACGCAUGUGGACACUUGAGGAAGCCAUCAUGUCAAGACAAAUUGUGUUUGUUGGCAGGAACGCACACUUGUGGCUAUCAACGCGCAUCUUCUUUGGCGGCAUGGCACUUUCUGCACAUAUGGGGACGAUCGAAGAUUUGUUUGAAUUGUUUCUAACCGAGCCUCCCACGGCCAACAUGGUUUUACGCCACGCUCACACACGCAACACUGCCAAAGAACACGAUAGAGCUUAUGCUCUUGCAAACAUAUUUGCCGAUCUCAUCGAGGUGGAAGUGAACUAUGAUCUUCCAAUCUUGCACGUCUUAAGCUGCUUUUACAGCAAUCUUCUCGAAAAAGACUUAUCCAUUCUAUGCUUUGGAAAACCACGGAGCGACUAUAACAAUACCAUUUGCGAUUACUAUGAUCUCCCUUCCUGGACAGGUAUCUCAGGCAUUCAUAUCCGCAAUAAGGCAUAUACACUCGUCGAGAACCCGUCCGAUAUUGUCACUGUCGAUAGAACUACCGAUCCGGCAAAGCACAGAUUGAAUAUCAUUAACUGCAACUACCUUCCCGUGACACCGCGCCAGUUCCCACUGACCAAAGAGGAGCUAUCCCGUUAUAUGAACGAUGGAGGUUUCAAGUUCACGCAUUAUAUAGACGAGCUGUCUUCAGACAAGCCUGAACAUGAAGAGAUGAGACGCGGGAUGAUGGCUCGUGAGAUUGCUCCCGGAAGCGACCAUCCUCUCUCGUUCUUGUCGUUGACGGAAGAGGACGAAAGUGAUUGUAGCGAAUGCAUCAUUCUCGACAUACCAUUCAAAUCGACUGACAGUCGAAGUACACGGAUCUUUCCAGUUGUUCGACUACAGCAAGACGCUAGUGGUGCUGAUGGUGAUACAAAAGAAACACCAACCUAUAGGUCGAUUGGUGUUUUAUACCUUCGUUGCCGCAAGUACUAUUUUCAAAAGCACGCAAGCUUGAGUGAUUUUACGGACCAGACACAAAACGGAUCUUUUGUGAUUGUAUAGAAGAAGAAUGGGCGGAAUCAAUAUUGUUGUUAAUCAAGGUUAUAUUGUAACAAUAAAGUGCAUAAUAGAUGUUAAUUCUCAUUUAGAGCAGGUGAC